CGAUCCCAGCAGCGACACCACCUUGUCUACAACCUCGGCGACAUUGCCUGGGUCCUCGCUUCCACCGCCCUCGUCUGGAUCAUGAUUCCCGGCGUCGGCUUCUUCUACUCUGGUCUCCUCCGCCGCAAGAACGCACUCAGUAUGAUCUGGAUGUCUAUGAUGACUCUCGCGGUGGUUUCAUUUCAAAUUUCACUAGCUUUCAGCGACACCGCGACAAAUCACUAUAUUGGUAACCUCCAAUACUUCGGUCUCAAGGGCGUCCUCGAGAAGCCCUCCGUCGGGUCAACGCGCAUCCCAUCCAUCGCCUUCUGCGUCUUCCAGCUAAUGUUCGCCGCCAUCACACCUAUGCUCGCGAUCGGCGCGUUCGCCGAGCGUGCGCGGCUAGGCCCGGUCAUGGUCUUCGUGUUCGUAUGGUCGACGAUCGUGUACGACCCGAUCGCGUGCUGGACGUGGAACUCCUCCGGGUGGGCCUUCAUCCUCGGCGGGCUCGACUUCGCGGGAGGCACGCCCGUGCAUAUCUCGAGCGGUACGGCGGCGCUCGCGAUCUCGAUCUACCUGGGCAAACGCAGGGGUUACGGAACGGAGCGGUUGGCGUACAAGCCGCACAACACGAGCUACGUCGUGCUCGGGACGAUCUUCCUGUGGUUCGGCUGGUUCGGGUUCAACGGCGGCAGUGCGCUGAGCGCGAACCUGCGCGCGGUGCAGGCGUGCAUCGUCACCAACUUGGCUGCGUCCGUCGGCGGUCUUACCUGGAUGCUCUGGGACUAUCGCCUGGAACGCAAGUGGUCGACGGUCGGCUUCUGCUCCGGCGCGAUCGCCGGCCUCGUCGCUAUUACGCCUGGGUCCGGGUACGUCGGCUCGCCCGCCGCUGUGCUCUUCGGAUUCAUGGCGGGCACGGUGUGCAACUUCGCGACGCAGCUCAAGUUCUACUUCGGGUACGACGACUGCCUGGACAUCUUCGCCUCGCACGCGAUCGGCGGCGUGGUCGGGAACAUCCUGACGGCCCUGUUCGCGCAGGCGAGCGUUGCGGGCUUCGACCACAUCGCCGUCAUCCCCGGCGGCUGGCUCGACCACCACUGGAUCCAGCUCGGGUACCAGCUCGCGGACUCGGUGUCGGGCAUGUCGUACUCGUUCGUGAUGACUACGGUCAUCCUCUGGGUCAUGCACUACAUCCCGGGCCUGCGCCUGCGCUCGUCGGAGGAGGCGGAGAUCCUCGGGAUCGACGACACGGAGAUGGGCGAGUUCGCGUACGACUACGUCGGCCUGGACUUUGUCGCGGGCGGCGGGGGCGGCGUGUUCCACGACGACAUGCGCGAGGACCGGGGUGCGAUCGCGGGCGGGCGGGAGCCGCAGCACAGCAAGCUGCACAUGCACGAGCACGACGUGGAGGUGCAGGAGCGCGGCGCGGCGCCGGGCAACCACGAGAGCGCGAGCGCGAGCACGGUGGACGAGAAGGCGCAACAGUAGAUGGGUGGGACUGUAGAGGAUUCGGCUUGGAUUAAUGUGAAGUAGAUGUAGGAGAAUGGGGCGGGAGAAGACAAAACGUCGUUCAUUUACAUAUCCGUAUAACCAGAUCUCGCGGCGGCCAUACAUAUCCUAGUAUUGUGGCAUUGCGCGCACACCUGUCUCAAGUACCUAGAUACAUAAUGUACGUCUUCCAAUGCAUCGCUUUCGAUAUUUCUAUAU